AUGGCUGAACAAGACGCAAAUAAUUCUUCUAAUUCCUUUAAAAAUGAAAGUAACCCAAAUCCAGAAAAUGUUUCUGGUUCUGAAAAUGAAGAAUUAAAUCCUUCAGUUAAUGAAAGAAUUAUACAACCUGAAAAUGAAAAUUACGAAAUGGAAUCUUAUUUAUCUUCUUAUGAGUCUCCGGCUAAAAAGGAAGAAAAUCCAUUUUCUUUUAAAAAAUUUUUAAAUCAAGAUUUAUCUGGUCAAAGGAAUAAAGGUGCCAGAAAAAAAGUAUAUCCAACAGCUAGUCUAAGUUCAACAAAAUCCCAUUUAACAGAUCCUAGGUCAAGCAGAAGUCAAUCAGAAGGGAAUUCCAGAGUCAUUGGAAAUAAUGAUGUGUCAUCAGUCCUGCCAGAUUUUGUUCAAGAUCAUUUGGUUAUAGAACAAUGUUACCUCAAUGGUAGUUCUUCUAUAAAUAUAGAUAAUUUAAAUCUUCAAAAUUUGCCAGAUUUAAAUUUAGAACACCAAAACAUUCAUUUUUUAUCUAAUUCUGAUAGAAGUAAUAAUCAAUCUAGACAACCUCUAAAUUCUUAUUCGAAUAACUUGCCAGAUUUUACAUUAGGCGUAAGAAAUAUUGGAUCUGUUUCUCAGUCGCAUUCUAAAAGUGAUAAGCUACCUGAUUUUACUCUCAAUGCAGGAACCAGUUUAGAAUUUAAUAAUGAUAAUAAUGUUAGUUUUACAAAUAAAGGAGCGAGAAGAAGAAAUAAUGGAAAUGAAAUUAAUGAAUCUAGUCAUUCAAAUAGAUCUAGACCACAAAUGUCUUCUUCUCCAUCUGUCCCUCUUGACCUUCCCUCUUAUGACAAUACCAAUGAAUCUAAUCCUAAUUUACCUAAUAUUCCUUUUGAUUUAACCAUACCAGUUGAAGAUAAAAGCUGUGGUAGCAGAUGUCAAGGUCCUCCUGAAACAGUGUCAAAAAGCCUUCCUGAUUUUUUAUCCGAUGGUCCUAUCAAAAAAGAAAUGGAUGAUAAUUUAAAAAAUAAUAGAGGGAAUAUUCCAUUACAUUCAAAUAAUGUGACAUUUCCCGAAACGACUACCACUAGAUUUGAACAUGAUAGAUUAUUAAGGGAAGUAGAUUCAUUAAGAUGUCAAAUAGUUGAAAAAAACAGAAGAAUUGAAUUAUUAGAAUCGGAACUUGAACAUUUACAAAGUACAGACCAAAGAGAAGCAGCAAGUUUAGAAUUUGCUUUUAAAGAAGUCGAAAAUAAUUUGAAACAUACAACAAAAAGAGCAAUAAAUGCUGAGGAUUUAGUUUAUAAAUUAAAACAGGAAAACAAAUCGCUUAAAUCAGAAAUCUCUAUGUUAAGAUCAGAAAAUAUGAAUCUUAGGUUAGGUAAAUUUGAAUCGCACAAUUUGGAAUCAAGAGAAAGUAAAAAUCACAAAUUAGCUAAAGAAUUAAGAAUGGCUUCUAACAUGGCUGAAAAUUCAUUGAGAUCAUUGUUAAGUGGAAUUCAGCAUUUAAGAACGAUUGCUUCUUCAAUGGAAAAUUUAAGUAAAAUUCCAGAAAAUGCUGAAGUUUGUGAGACUAUUAGUAAGAGAGUAGAGCAAGUUUAA